AUGCCAAAGGUUACACACGAUAGAAAGUUACAUAUUAGCCAUCAUCACAAAAAGACUGAUGAUUUUGGAAAGGCAGAAAAGACAUCAUUUGUAUCAUUGAAUACUACAGCACCAUCAGUACAAUUAGAUAUAUCUAAAUUCAAGAAUAACUUUAAGCAACUUCAAGAGUUACCAACCACUCAAUUGGCAUAUGACAAUCAAGCAGAUGCUGCCGAAACCGAUUUCCAUAAACAACAAAUAUCAAAGAAAGAGAAACAAAAACAAAAGAAGGAAAACUUUUUAAACAAAUUACAACCAUUUAUGAAAAAGAAGGAAUCAAAUACUAUUAACAGUAAUGACAAUAAUAAUAAUAAUAAUAAUCAAAAACAAUCAAGACAAGAUCAAGAAGAUGAUGCUGGUAGUUUAUCGAUGAAUAGAAAUGAAUUUAUGGAAUCAAUUCCAGAAAGACAUAGAAAUGGUAUUCAUUCUGAUAAUUUUAUUACCAGUAAUGUAAAAUUAACAAAUACAAAGAAAAAGAAAAUAUCUAAACAAGAAUUAGAUCAAUAUAAAAAUGUUGUUUCACAUCCAGAAUUUAAAUCAAAUCCAUUUGCAACAUUAAAGGAACAUUUGUCCAACAGUGUAGCAGCACAAAACCAAAAGAUUGAACAAAGAAAAACAUUAGAGAGAGAAUCAAUCAGAAGAGAUAAACAAAAUGCCAAACAAAAAGAAAAACAACUUAGAAAUCCACAACAACCCAAACCAGAAUUUGAUAUACAAAGACAAUCAGUAGAUUUCAGUGAUUUGGUUAAUAAAAUGGAUCUCAUAUAA